AGUUGAGUUACAAUCCCUGACCUAUUUAUCAUUAUUGUUUCGUUUGAGAGAGGGGCAUAGAGCCGAAGCUUUUGAGGUAGAUUUGCGGAUAAAGCUCUACCACGCUCGGAAUCAAGCAAGCGGGAGGGUGAAGGAGAUGGCGGGUGCAUUUUGGGGGACACGGGUAUUGGAGAUUGUGAAGAAGCACGAUUCCGGAGGUUUAGUCUGGAAGAGAAUCAAGCUCACCACAACCCGUAAAGCCAACGCCAAGAAAAGGCUUCUUCGUGUUUGGCAGAAUGAGGCUGUUCUGAAGGCAUGUUCUGAGCCACCUCCGCCUAAAUCCUCGGGAGACAAAAUUAGUCAAGUUGGAAUAAAUGAGUAAGAACUCCAUAGGAUCCAAAAGAGUUUGGCGGCAACUUCGGCUUUGCAGUGCCAAUCUUUUUUUCCCCUUAUCUGGGCCUUUUAGAAAGGAAGAGUGAACUUUAAGUAGACAUGAGUGAUCUCAAAAGUUCUCAUCCUCAUUUGUAAGCGAUGACACAUACACUAGUGUGGAAUUACUGCCUCGAGUUUCACAUCAUUUUAUUUUUUUUUGUUAUUUGAUUUAAUAUGAUUAGUUUUUCAUGGUCCUGACUGCCUCACGAAUGGCUCGUCUUUCAGUAAAAGUAUUUGAUAUUUA